GAAAUGCACCAAUAGAUGACAACCGCGAGCGGGCCAGUCCCUCAUUUGUAUCCGCCUUCACGGCUGCUUUGCCGAAGUCUGUCAGAAAUGAGUUUCCACUACGGCCAGGGCUACCCAGGAGGAGGCCCCCGACCACAAGGUUCUCCAUACGGGGGAGGCAGUGGUCCAUACGGGCCGAACCCCUCAGCUCCAUACGGCGGUGGACAACAACAAUCAGGGAGUCCCUAUGGUGCUUAUGGAUCCCCGGGUCAAGGAGGGCAGUAUGGGCAACCACAAGGGGGUUCCCCCGCCGGGCAUUAUGGGGGUUACGGCGCACAGCCUCAUGGAGGACAAUAUGGACACCAUGCUCCAGCAGGUAACGUCCCCCCGGGUGUUAAUCAGGACGCGUACCAGUGGUUCCAGACUGUCGACACGGACCACAGUGGCUUUAUCAACCUGAAGGAGCUGAAGCAGGCACUGGUCAACUCCAACUGGUCUGUUUUCAAUGACGAGACCUGCCUCAUGAUGAUCAACAUGUUUGACAAGACGCGCUCGGGCCGUAUGGACAUUUUUGGCUUCUCUGCGCUCUGGGACUUCAUGCAGCGGUGGAAAGCGCUCUUCCAGCAAUAUGACCGAGACCGCUCGGGCUCUAUCAGCGGCAUGGAGUUACACCAAGGCCUCGCGCAGAUGGGCUACAACCUGAGCCCGCAGUUCUCCGAGACGUUGGUGCAGCGCUUCGCCACGCCCGGCGCGCGACCCGGCAUCCAGCUGGACCGCUUCAUCCAGGUGUGCACCCAGCUCCAGAGCAUGACGCAGGCCUUCAGGGAGAAGGACACCACCAUGUCGGGCAACAUCCGCCUUAACUACGAGGACUUCCUCUCCGGAGCCGUCACCAGGCUCAUGUGAGGCCCCCCCCCCCUCCCCUUUCACUGCUCCGCCACAAGUUUCCCUCCAUCCCACAUUAUUCCGUGGGUUGCUGCUGUGGGGGACGUGAUGCGCUCCAUCGCGCGUUUGAAACAAGUUCAUUGGCUGAUGAAAGGGCAUCUAAAGCCUUCACCGGAUGGCUUCACUUUCACCGGGAACAGGUGGGAGGGUUUCAAAACGGGCCCAUGCUAGAGAGCCCCAGUUAAUUUAGUUUUUUACAUAAACUGCAAGAGAGGCCUUGUUCACAGGUGUUUUUCUUCCGGAUGAGUUUACUAUGGAUGCAGCCGUUAACGUGUUCCUGUGCCAUUGAAAUGAUAUUCAGCAUCUCUGGAGGGUGUCUCUAUGCAACGGUUGCACAUUGGAUUGAACAUUGCUUUAUAUUGUAUUGUGUAUAAUUAGCCAAAAUAAGGCCACUUUUUUAAUAGUUGAUUUAUUCUACUCCCAGAUUUGCUGGGUAUUUGAUUAGAAAAAUAUAAUUUAUGAUAGUUUUCUGCUCGAUGCAUUCCAGUAAGCCAGUAUCAACCAUAAAUAAAAACAUAAAGCUGUGGGGAAAAACCAACCCAAAAGAAUAGAAAAUGUCCCGUGUUUCCUGCUUUCCCAUCAAUGAAAGGUUUUGUUUUUUAAUGUACUUUAUUAGAUUAAAAACACUGCUGACGCAGUCUCUAAUCAGACAAUAUCAUGGUUUCUUGUGCCAAAAAUAAAUAAAUACUUUUCUUUCAGAA